AUGGCCAGGCAAUGGGUCUUGACGGGCCAAGAAGGCUUCGAGACGUCCCUCGAGUAUCAACCGGACAUCAGCAAACCAUCAGCUCACGACUUAGGUCCCAACGAGGUCUUGGUCAGGAUAUACGCUGCAAGUCUAAACUAUCGUGACUUGAAGAUUGCAAGCCCUGCGAAUUUCAAUGGGGCAAUCGUCCCUCCGCUUGUUCCAGCCUGCGAUGGUGCUGGCAUGGUAGGGGCUGUCGGAUCAUCCGUGAAGGAGUUCAGUCCGGGAGACCGAGUCGUCACACACCUUGCCCCUAAGAAGGUGGAAUCCCACGGGGACAAUGCUCCCCUUGGCCUCCCCGAUUCUCGCCCUGCUCUCGGACAGGGACUCCAUGGCACCCUGCGAUCUCACGGAGUUUUCUCGGAAUAUGCUCUUGUCCAUGCACCUACAUCAUUGGAAUGGCUCCCUGCAGCUACUCUGACCUGCACUUGGACCACGGCAUGGAACGCCCUCUUCGGGUUGAAGGGCAAGGAAGCUGGCCCUGGCUCAUGGGUGCUCGUCCAAGGCACAGGCGGUGUCAGCAUAGCCACUCUUCAGCUCGCUGUAGCAGCAGGUGCCACUGUUGUUGCUACCACAUCGAACGACGAGAAAGCAGCUCGUCUCAAAGCGUUGGGUGCGACUCAUGUGGUUUCGUACCGCACCAGCCCGGCCUGGGGAGAUGAGGCACGACAAUUGACUCCCGACGGACGCGGUUUCGACUUUGUCAUUGACAUUGGGGGCAAUCAAACGCUAUCCCAGUCUCUGGCGGCGGUGCGGGUCGACGGGAUUGUGCUGGUAGUGGGCAUGGUCGGCGAAGACACUGCGCCGGUGCCGUUGUAUACUGCUCUGCUGCAUACUUGUAUUGUCCGUGGCUUGCUUGCAGGCAGUCGCAAUCAAUUCCGAGAAGUGGUUCGCUUUAUCGAUGAGAAGGGCAUUGUGCCUGAGGUGGAUGAGGUGGUGUUUGAGCUUGCAGAGGCAAAGAGCGCGUAUCGGCGUCUGCAGGAGAAGAAGCAUUUUGCGAAGGUCGUGAUUCGGAUUGAUUAG